CAUUGCCGUCAUAUAGAUGACAUAUUGCCGUCAUAUAGCGGACACAUUGCCGUAAUAUAGCGGACACAUUGCCGUGAUAUAGCGGACACAUUGCCGUGAUAUAGCGGACACAUUGCCGUCCUUAUGGGAAACAAAUCAGCUGUCAUCCAUGUUUUGUCGUGACAGACCCAACGUGAAUAUAUAUUGUGUUAUCAAUAGCUGAUAGCCUUUCUUUAUCUCUACACCGAUAAAGCCUAAACUACACAGAGUACAACCGAGCAUACCGGCUAUUGUAUAAUCGCCGGACCCAAUUAGCUGCCUUUUGUUACAUCCGUCCGAAACUAUCCUUCAUCACCGACAGUUGAACAUUGACUAUAUUGAAGCUUGUGAGAUCAGCAGGAGUUUACAAUGUCCCAUCUGACGAAACAAGAGAGGGAUAAGUACAUCAAGAUGUUUCUGGGGGUGGACUCGAAUGGCGACGGCUGUCUCAACCUGCCUGAGGUCGGCGCACUCUGUUCAGCUCUCGGCUAUCGCAUGUCCCGGUCGAGAAUUGUGGCCCUGUUCAACACUCUCGACGCAGACAAAAACUCCAAGGUGACCUUGGACGAGUUCCUGGCCGCCAUGCCAUCCGUAGCGCCCACAGAGAGGAAGUGCGCAAACCUCAGACGUCUCUUUCGCAGCUUGGACACAAACAAAGAUGGCGUCUUGUCAGUAGACGAACUGUCUCGAGUUAUGGCUACUGCUGACACCCCUCUAUCUAGGGAAGAAACAAUGCAGCUGAUAGCUCAGGUCGACCGGAACGGAGACAACAAACUCAACUAUGAAGAGUUCGUGGAACUGAUGGAGACGAGUAGUUCAGAAAACAGCCUCAACAAGCAGUGAACACAAACGUAUAUACUCUUCAAAAAAAGAAACUUGACACUGACUUUCAAAAUUUAAUAUAAUGCGAUUGUUUCAAAAUAGGACACAGAAACCAUAAUUUUUACACUGUUGGAAGAUCAAUGUACACAAUGUUC